CCUGCCUGCUCCCCACUCCCACCCCAGACUGGCCAAACCUGUUCUGGAGAUGGAGGGGGGGGCAGGCAGGUUGAAACAGCACAGCUUCCCCCUCCCCCUCUUGCUUCCUUCCCCACACACAAUACCCCAGGCCCUGAACACAGGCAUCCAUACCACCGGCUCAGAACUGUGGCAGGCCUGGGUCAUCUCCCAUCACCACUCCCAUCCUCUCCCCUCAGGCCUGGAUGCGCCAUCUCCCUUUCACCCUUAGGAGCCUGGGGUGUAUUGGGAUACCCAAGGGACCGGUCCAACGGCGUCCGCAGAGGACAGGAGCCAAGAUAAGGCCUAAGUGGACUGUGUAGCCCCCAGGCAUGGACUACAGACCCUCUCCUAACUUCCAGCCUCAUCUGGCUGCCUUUUGCUAUGGGGGGUCUCAGACAGGGCCCCUAGGGGCGAUCCCAGGGGGACCCACCAAGGGCAGAGAGGAGUUGUCUCCCACCGCCCGCCACCCCGUUGCUGUGUGCCAGCAGGAGAGCCUGUCCUUUGCUGAACUCCCAAGCCCCUUUGAGCUGGGCCCCUGGCCUCUGGAGGUCCCAGCCACUUCUCAUGGGCUGCUGUGGCCGCUUCCUGUGGGGGCUCAGGACACCAGACUCCCUACCAGGAAGCCAUCAGCCUUUGGAGAUGAUGCCCUCAGUGAGUUCCUCGGAGGACCCCGGAGUCCCCAGCAUCCAGAACCCCAACGCCGCACCAGCCUCAGUUCUGAGAAGGAGAAAUCUGCUUGGAGGAAGAUGCGAGUGUAUCAGAGGGAAGAGGCCGAUGCUGUCUUCCCUGAGGUUGGGGCCGGGGAUCCUCAGCCGCAUCCUGCUCUGGAACUGCCACGGACCCUGGGAAUGGCAGUGCCCUCCCAGGUGGGCACUAAAGAGCCAGAGAGGAGACGUUUCUCAGCAUCAGAGUUGAUGAAUCGACUUCAGUCUGCCCAGAGAAAGGCCACUUUCUCCCUGCGCCUGGGCAAGGGCCUGACCAAGGACCGAGGAGGGGUCUGGGCUGCCAGGGAAGGGAGAACCCCUGAGAAGGAACAGAGCUGCUUGGAGACAAGGGUGGAUGACCUCGUGCCCCCAGCCCCAAGUGGUCCUGGUGAGAGAGAUGGCUGCUGGCCCGGUACCAGGCCUGACCCAGUGGAGGAAGCAGCCCCCAAAGCUUGGAUACCUCAUGAGCGGCGCCAGUCACGUUUCCUCCUUAAUUCUAUACUGUAUCAGGAGUACAGCGAUGUGGCCAGUGAUCGGGAGUUGCAGAGGCAGAAACACGAGGAGGAUGCCUUGGUGGAGGAGGCAGAGGGGGAGGAGGAAGGGCCUGGCCCACCUCGGGCCAACCUGUCUCCGAGCAGCUCUUUCCGUGCCCAGCGCUCAGCCCGUGGCUCCACCUUCUCCCUGUGGCAGGACAUCCCAGACGUGCGGAGCAGUGGCCUCUUGGCCAUCAUUGGCCUUCAGGAAUGCAAGCUACAAGAGGCCAGGUUUGAGCUGAUCACAUCAGAGGCCUCCUACAUCCACAGCCUCUCUGUGGCUGUGGGCCACUUCAUGGGCUCCACGGAGCUGGCUGAGUGUCUGGGGGCGCAAGAAAAGCAAUGGCUAUUCUCCAAGCUGCCAGAGGUCAAGGCCACCAGCGAGAGGUUUCUGUUAGAGCUGGAGCAGCGACUAGAGGAGGACAUACUUCGCUUUUGUGUGUGUGACAUCGUCCUGCGCCACUGCCCGGCCUUCCGGCGUGUCUACCUGCCUUAUGUCACAAAUCAAGCCUACCAAGAGCGCACCUACCAGCGACUGCUACUGAAGAACCCCAAGUUUCCUAGUAUUCUGUCCCGGUUGGAAGAGGCCCCCAUUUGCCAGCGCCUGCCUCUUACAUCCUUCCUCAUCCUGCCCUUCCAGAGAAUCACCCGCCUGAAGAUGCUAGUGGAGAAUAUACUGAAGAGGACUGGACAAGGCUCACGGGGUGAGGACAUGGCCACCAAGGCCUUUAAUGAACUCAAGAAGCUGGUCCAGGAGUGCAAUGCAAGUGUGCAGUCGAUGAAGAGAACAGAGGAACUCAUCCAUCUUAACAAGAAGAUUCAUUUUGAGAGUAAGAUAUUCCCACUGAUCUCCCAGUCCCGAUGGCUAGUGAGGCACGGGGAGCUGGUAGAGCUGGCACCCUCCACGAUGCCUGCUGCCUCUGCCACCAAGCCCAAACUCUCCAGCAAAGCCAUCUACCUGCACGCCUUCAAUGACUGCCUGUUGUUCUCUCGGAGGAAGGAGAUGGGGAAGUUUGCUGUCUUUCUUUAUGCCCGGAUGCCCGAGAUCCAGGUGAAGGACCUGAGCUUGAAGCCCCAAGGAAUCCCAGGCCAGGUCUUUCUCCUCCAGUUCCUUCAAAAGUGCCAGCCCAAGAACCAGCUCCUUCUGAGGGCUCAGACAGAAAGUGAGAAGCGGCGAUGGAUCUCAGCCAUGUGCCCUUCCAGCUCCCAGGAGGACAAAGAUGCCAUCAAUGAGAAUGAAGACAUCCCCCAAGUGCAGUGCAUCAAAGCCUACAAAGCCCUGGAACCAGAUGAGCUGACCCUGGAGAAGGCCGACAUCCUGGCUGUGAAGACCAGGACCAGUGAUGGGUGGCUGGAGGGAAUCCGUUUGGCAGAUGGCGAGAGGGGCUGGGUGCCCCAGGCCUAUGUGGAUGAGAUCACCAGCCGUAGUGCCCGUCUUCGAAACAUCCGGGAGACUAGGAGGAUUGAGAGUGCCACCAACAAGCUACAGGGAAUUGCUGCGUGAUGGAGUAGGGAGUGGGAGCUCCCCGAAGGCUGUGACUUUUAACCCUCCAUCCCACCCCACUGGCCUCUGUGCUUUAGACACUGCCCUCCCCUUGGCCUCUCCUGGAGUUGUUCCCUGGUGGCUCUGAGACAGGACACCCACCCUGGCCUGGAGGAGCUUGCCUGGCUGGCACAUAUGAGAGGGCAGAUGAUUGGACGGGAGUGCCCUCUAGCUCCUUUAGCCUUAACUUCCUCCAGGAUGCCUGGGAUGGAGAGAGCGAUGGCAAGUCUGUUAGUCUCUCCUGGGGUUGGGGAGGGGAGGCUUGAAGUGAGCUUAGGGAGCUUGGACACUGACCGGUGAACCCUCUGGGUCUCUCAGCCCUAAUUUUGCUCCUUUGGGGCAAACUGCUUUAGUGACUAAGGUGGGGAAGGACAUGGCUGGAACCUGCUGAAUGGAUUCUUCUUCCUUGACAACCCAGUCUGAGCUGGGCAUUCUGUAGCAUUAAAUGACCUGCCUUUGAUUACUUGGGCUCCUUGCCCUGACUGAGGAGAGAGGGCUCGAUGAUAUCUUGGAAAAUCUCAGGCCUGGGGGACCUGUCCUGGGGGAACCCCUCUUUCUGGAGCACUCUUUAUUUUAUUUUUUAAACUCAUACUUACAGAAGGGCAAGGGGUAGGCUGUCAAGGUUAAGUGACUUGUCCAGGGUCACACAGCUAGGAAAUGUCUGGAUACAAAUUUGAACUCAGAACCUUCUGACUCUAGUCCUGGUGCUCUACUCAGGGUGCUGUCUAGCUACCUGGAGCACCCUUUCUUGAUUGGUGAAAUGAGGUCAGGCAAAAGCCAAAGCAUCAUAACACAGAAAACAUGGAAGUGACCUUUUAUUAAAACUAGACUAUCAGCUGAAUGUGAGAGCUGAAAGAAAACAUUUGAGCACUGAAUGUCAGAACAGAACAAGAUGGUAGAACAUCCAGUAUUGGAGCUGGAAAACACUUGGGAUCACAGACUUCAAGCUGGAAGGGACAUCAGAGGUCCUAAGGUCUAACCUACUCAUUUUACAGAUGGACAAACUGAGACAUAAGGAAGUUAAAACACUCACCUCCAAGUCACACAGAUAGUAAAUAUCUGAGAAGCUUCUGAACCCAGUUCUGGACUCCAGGACCGAUGUCCAUGGCUGAUCCUCAACACUGAGAGUGAGGAGAAAUCUUAGAGCAUUGAACGUCAGAAUAAGAAGAGAACUUAGCCCAUUGAAUACGAGAGUUGGAAGGGGUUUUCGAGAUAGUCUCAUUUGGUCCCCUCCCUUUACAGAUGUGGAAACACUCAGAACAGAAAAGUGACUUGGUAUAAUGGAAAGAUCACCAUUUGGAAUGAAAAGAUGCGAGUUCUAAUCUCAGAUCUUUUAUUUCUGCCCUGUGUGUCCUUAGGCAAAUCACUUCACCUUGGACCUCAGUCUCCUCAACUGUAAAGUGGGAAUACUGCCUAACCAGGGAAUUGUUGGGAAGACCAAACAAAAUAAUACAUGUAAAUAAAGCAUCUUAAACUGGAA